AUGAGGUUAAUAGCAUCUUUGGCCUUGUUGGCAUCACUGGCAUCUUCAGUCACAAAUGGAUCAUCGAUACCGAGGAGGGACUCAAGCGCACCAGCUGCGCUGAGGGUAGUUAGCAUGCCGAUGGAGAGGCAGCACAUCUCGAAUCCGCUGGAGCGGGACAGGUUAAGGAGGAGAUCUUCCAUCACGGCGACUCUUGACAACGAGGAGACGUUGUACUUUAUCAACGUCUCCAUCGGCACGCCAGCGCAGAAGCUCCGUCUUCACCUUGACACUGGCAGCAGUGACCUGUGGGUGAACUCGCCCGAUUCGAAACUCUGCUCCGUUUCCUCGCAGCCGUGCAAGUAUGCCGGGACCUACAGCGCCAACAGCUCCUCGACAUAUCAAUACGUCAGCAGCGUCUUCAACAUUUCUUACGUUGACGGCUCAGGGGCCCAGGGCGACUAUGUCUCCGAUACCAUCUCGCUAGGCAACACCAAGAUCGACAGUCUCCAGUUCGGAAUCGGAUACACGAGCAGUUCUACCCAGGGAAUUCUGGGCGUUGGUUAUGAGGCCAAUGAGGUGCAGGUCGGACGUGCUGGGCUCAAGGCGUACCGCAACCUCCCCUCGCGCAUGGUCGAGCUGGGCCUUAUCGCUUCCAACGCCUAUAGUCUUUACCUCAACGACCUGCAGUCUAACAAGGGCAGCAUCCUAUUUGGCGGCGUCGACACUGAACAGUACACGGGCACGCUGCAGACAGUCCCGAUCCAGGCCAACGGUGGCCGCAUGGCCGAGUUUCUUAUCACCUUGACCUCGGUCACUCUGACCUCGGCAAGCAUUGGCGGCGACAAUUUGGCCCUGGCCGUGCUGCUCGACUCGGGCUCCUCGCUCACGUACCUUCCUGACGACAUAGUCAAGAGCACGUAUAGCGCCGUGGACGCUCAGUACGACAGCAACGAGGGCGCCGCCUACGUCCCCUGCUCUCUCGCCAAUGACCAAUCCAAGAAGAUGACUUUUACCUUUUCAGGCAUCAAGAUAGAUGUGUCCAUGAACGAGCUCGUCCUGGACCUGGUGACGUCCAGCGGCCGCCGCCCUUCGUUCCGCAACGGCGCCUCCGCCUGUCUGUUUGGCAUCGCCCCGGCCGGCAAGGGCACCAAUGUCCUGGGCGACACAUUCCUCCGCUCUGCCUAUGUUGUCUACGACCUUGACAACAACGCCAUCUCGCUCGCCCAGACCAGCUUCAACGCCACCAAGACCAACGUCAAGGAGAUCGGCAAGGGCAGCAACUCCGUCCCCGGAGCUGUCGCCGUCUCUUCGCCCGUCGCUGCCACUUCGGGCCUUUCGCUCAGCAGUAGCGGCAAGUCAGGAUCUGGCGCAAGCGCCCCUGCCAUCCCAAUGCUCUUGCUCGUCGCUGGACUCUUCUCCGGUUCGUUGUUGGUUCUGCUCUAG